GUUUCUUCCGCACACGGCAGCAGAGUCGCACAGCCACACACCCACUUUUUUCCUGAUACUUUCAACCGUGUACAAACCAUCUGGCGAAUUGUCCACAGCUGCAACCGCUCGGUCUAACAUGGCCAAGUCGAGUGAUCUGAAACUCUUCUUAGAGUCUUCUCUGAAUGAGAUAUUUAAAGCCACAGUAAGCGACAUCCUGGACUCAGUGGACCGGACCCUGUCUGAGUACCAGGGCACAAUACACAGGAUCGAGUCUGAAAACGAGGGCCUGAAGCGGCUGCUGUUUGCACAGCAAAGUACCGAGUCUGCUGCAAAAGAUAUUUGUGAACAAGAUGCCACUGAAAAGUUUUCCACUUCAGAAUGGAACAGUCGUCUUGUCAGCUCCACCCAGGCCACGUUCAAGAUGUCCAUAUGCAGCAGUGACAAGAAGAGCUUCAGGAGGAAGCAGAAAGACAAGAUGAGGGAGAGCAUAUCCCCUUCCUCCUUUUUACUACAGACUGAUCAUAUGGUAGAAAGACCAUGUAUGAACACAGCAGAGGUGGGUGUGUCCACCCCAAACUUGAUAUCUGUAAAAACAGAGCCUGGCCUGGAUGAAACCGGUGCUAUUGACCUCUCCCAGCCUUCAUCCCUUCUCAAUCUGACAAUGAGGCCAAUAAAAAAUGAGAGCACGGAGGUCAGUUUUGACAGUCAUGAUGCAUAUGCACCGCUGCCGCCAUCUACAGGCCUCGAACAAGAAUCCAGAGGCAGUGACAGUGAAGUUAAAGUCACCAUUGUUUCUGACACUUACAUGCAGGAUGGACAGUUCAUUAAGACAGAGGAAGAGGAGCAGAGUGGCGUGUUGCAGUAUGGUGACAAUGACAUUUUCUCUAAGCAAGAGUUGAAGCAUGCAAUGAGAUAUUACCCUGAAUCAGAAAUAGAUCCCGAGGCAGCGAGCAGACAGGUUGUGGAGCCAGAAGUAAUGGUGCAGGAGAAAAACGCCGCUGUUCCCGCAGAUGGGUUUUUGGAGAUCCGUGACAACUUUCUGCGCUGUCCCACCUGUCCCAAAACAUUUAGUCGAGCAGCCUCGCUCAACAUCCACAUCAAGACUCACAGUGCUGAAAAGACGCACAGCUGCAGCUACUGUGGCAAACGCUUUGGCCGGGCCGAUCUCCUCAAAUCCCACAAGCGUACCCACACAGGAGAAAGACCCUAUAGUUGCAACGUCUGCAGUAAAACAUACGCCCAUCCCAGUCAGCUCAGGAUACACAAACGUGUCCACACUGGAGAGAAGCCGUAUUCCUGCUCGCACUGUGGGAAGCGCUUCAACGAGCACAACCAGCUCAAAGUCCACUUACGGACACACACCGGGGAGAGGCCUUACAGCUGCCAGGAGUGCGGCAAAACUUUCAGCAAUGCAGGAAACCUGCGUAUACACGAGAGGAUCCACACCGGCGAGAAGCCAUACUGUUGCGCUCAGUGUGGGAAAAGGUUCAACGGCUUGGGUGACCUCAAAACACACUACAGGAUUCACACUGGAGAGAGGCCAUACAGCUGUGAGCUGUGUAAGAAGACCUUCAGCCAGGCGGGCCACCUCACCAUACACAUGCGGAUGCACACGGGAGAAAGGCCGUACAGCUGCAACGAGUGCGGCAAGAAGUUCACGGUGGCCAGCAGCCUGAAACUGCACCAGAGGACUCACACCGGAGAGAAGGAGUACAGCUGCUCGUACUGCAGCAAGAGCUUCAGCAGGUCGGGUCACCUGAAGAGACACGAACUGGUGCACACCAAAGAGAAGGUCUUCCUCUGCAGCCAGUGUGGAAAGACUUACACUGACCAGUCCUCCCUUAAAAAGCACCUGAAGAUGCACGCGGCCAAGGAGCAGAAGGCUCAGAGCGAGGGAAGCACCAGCGAGGCGGAAACAAACCGCCCUUCAGCUUCGGAGACGCUUUCAGAAAUUAGAACCAAAGUCUUAGAAGAUGAGUAAUAUAAAUGCUGAGAAUGAGUGCUGUAUGUGAUUUUACAAAAUAAUCUUAAAUCAAGAUCAACUAACUAGCUUUUUCAGAAUCACAUCUCACAGCCUUCAUAACCUUGUUGUGCAGUAUUUUGGUGUCUAAUAAGCAUUUAAACACUUUGUAUUAGUCUGCUAAACAAAUUGGACUUCCUGGAUCAUAUUUUAUCGUUUCUUUGGUAACUUAAACAAAACGCCACCACCAAUGCAGCCCCCUGCGCUGUUUUAAUGCAGGGCUGUUGUUGUGUGCUGUGGUUGAAAGCUCCAGAAAAAGCUGUUAAGCGGAGCUUGAGUUUAGAUUAUUAUUGUCUUAACUACUGUUCCUGAGUUCAAAACUGUAUGUGUCGUUGUGGUACAGUGCAAUAUACUGUUGUCUAGUCUUUGCUGUGAUUUAGUAGGUCCAUGACUGAUUAAUUAUUUUUUAUCUUAAUUGAUAAACUCUAAUGUUCCUCUUGUCUUCUUUUUCACAGCACAGUGUAAAUAGGCAGAUAAUGGGACCCUAAAAGAAACAGUUCUUUUAAACAUGCUGUAUGUUACCAAAAUGUUGGUAUUUUUUUAAAUGCUUUAAAGGAAAAGUUCAAUGCAAUGUCCGUCAGAUUGUCAGGAUGAUUUCAACCGACCUGCUGAAGCAAGACAGAAUCCAGAAAUCCAGGUUCAGGUUUCUCUUCUGUUGUCCUGACUUUUGACCUCCUUGAAAAUAAAAUUUCCCCACAGGGGUCAGUAUAACAACAAUAUAAUAAAAACAACAACACAAGUGUUUUAGAAUUAAGAUAUUAUGAUGCUCAUGUAUACAUGUUGUAGUAGCCAGAGGGUUAGAAAUGUGUGCUGCACCAGUGACUUAAGGUGAAGAUCAUUAAUAUAUUGCUGUAUAUAGCUUUAACUAUACAGUCAGCAAUCCAUUAAACUGACACGAAUGUAUUUGUCUAGUAAUGUUUCUGAAAAUAAUGUUCCUGCAAAUAAUCUGUCUCGAUUGACCGGCUUUUAAUAGUAAAUAAUUGUUUUGCUGAUCUCAGAGAAUGUGGAGCUUCUAGAGGAUCCGUUUUAGGUCAUUCACUGUUGGAAACGCGUCUCUUACCAUGAAAUAUGUACAACUAACACACAGGAGUAAAAUGUCAUGUUGAUGAUGAAAGGGCUACUGUUUUUUGUGGCAACUGGUUGGUAUACCUGCACAGCUAUGUAUAUUAAACUGAGUGUUUGCUACUAGGACUGUAUUGUGACUUACUUUUGUGUGAUUUGUGUCUAAAUUAAAGAAAAAAGUUAACCAAAA